AUGAUCUGCGAGGAUCAAACUGCAAACAAGAUAUGGAAGUACCUUGAGUGGAGGUACUCAAAGGUUGGAAGUGUAAACAAAGUCAUCUCAAACAUUGAACACAUUGCCAACAAAAGAGCCCAGAUGGGCCACCCAGUCAACUCUGGUAUGAAGCUUGGCUGCCUGCUCUGUGGUGUGCAACCACACCUUCACCUGUACACUGCAGCAUGCAAAGCUCAGUGGGAGUCCAUUGCUCUCAGUAAAGCAAGCAAUCCCACUGAAGCAUCCAGUGCAGAGCUCAAACUCAAGCUCAAACACCUGUUCAACACUGCAGCCAUGGGUUUGCAUAACUACAAAGAAUCAGCACAUCUCAAGGAACAAGAGGUCAACAAUGUGACACUAGUCACUCAGUUCACAAACAACAAUCAAAGUGGCUACCAACACCACCAACAACCUACCCAGGCCCAGAACCAGCAAAACCCAACCAGAAACCAAGUAACCUGCUGGAAUUGUGAUGGAACAGCUGGUGGGAAGCCUGACAAUGGCUGGAUCUGGGACACUGGUGCCGACGUCCACAUCUGCAAGGACGAAUUGAUUAUGACAGAUCUACAGCACAUCAAUGGUUGCAUCCAACAGGCACAAGGCCAUUCAACCCUGAGUAUCAACACCAAUGUCGGCAUCAAGCACAUCGUGUUGUCAAGGGUUGUGCUUAUAUGCAAUGGCAACUUCAACCUGUUCUCCCCAAGAGCAGCUGCCAAGACAUGUGGAGGAGAUGUCAAACGUGACAAGCAGGGCAGAGAUUGUAUUGUGAUUGAAAAGGAUCGACAGCAAAGGCAGCUUGAUUGUGCUACCAUACACAACGGAAGAGUGUACCUUGACAUAGUCUCUAAAGAUGCCUCAAGCAACAAUGCAGCACCAAAGGAAAGCAUUGCAAAGGCCAAGAAGGAGACUUGGGUCCUGCAAGCCAAGUCAGACACCAAUGCCGUCGUGCUCUGUUUGGAUCACAUCCAGAAGUCACUCAAGGCAGCCGGUAUUGAUAUCCAAGGCAUGCCAAAGGACUUCUGCUGUGAGGCAUGCAACACAACAAAGUUCACCCAUCCACCAUUUGGCCAAGGAAGGAAUGAAACAAAGGCAAAGUUAGAUGUAGUCAUCAGCAACCUACAAGGACCAAUGCAAGUCCUGAGCAUUGGAGGAGCAAGGUACAUGCUUACCAUAACUGAUAUACACACCUGUUUUGGUUGGGUCAGAACACUUGCAUCAAAGGACACCACCAAGGCUGCAGUCAAGAAGUGGUUGGAGAAAAUGAAGCAAGAAGCAGGUUCAUACCCAAAGGUCUUCCAGAGUGACAAUGGCAGAGAGUAUAUGUUGAACACCUUCAAGACCAUGCUAUGCCAAUGUGGCAUCAUCCAACAGUGGACCACUCCUUACACACCCCAGCAGAUUGGCAUUGCCAAAUGCUCUAACCACAUGAUCAUGAACAUACACCACUAUGGGCCAAAGCCAUUCACCACACAAACUGGAUCUGAAAUUGGACUUACUCCAAGGUCAUCAGAGAAGUCCCCUACACACUAUGGUUUGGACAAAAAUUGCAUUGAUGCCAGUGAUCACUCAAAGGUCUACAUCUCCAGGGAUGUCAGAUUCAAUACCGAGGUACUCUCUGAUGCAAUCAUGGACAUCAACACCAACUGCACCAGCCAAAACAUUGAGAACAACAGUCCGAUCUGGGACCUUGACGACAAUUUAGCAAUCAACAAUGUGCUAUGCGACCCAGCACCACACAACGCUCACACCUAA